AUGCCACGGAGAUCGGCCGGUACCCGUACUGGGCUGGAUGAUCAGGAAGAGGGCGAUCUAAGUCGGUACUUCAAUUUAGCCAUGAAGGAGUACGAGGCGGAUCAACGUACAGCUCAGCGAAUGAAUCGACAGCCAAACCGCUACCCAGAUCGACGUACUUUGCUCCAACCCUCACACGAAAGCCAUGACAUGCCGGAUGUGGAGAUGGAAUCGGUGGAGUCGGACACUUACCAACAGAUCCAUCAUGGGGCGGAAUACGACCCGGAUGAUUUAUGA